AAUAAACGGAACAAAGCAUUUUGAGCGGGAAACACAGUUCGCCGUUUGAAAACAGUAUAUGCGCCGUCAUUGGCUAGCAGUCCUGUGCAGACGUCACACAUCAGCCAAUCACAAGCUUCUGGAUCUUGACGCCACCCUAAAAAGCUUUAAAAGCAGCUGUGUUCCGCUCGCGGUUAUACUCGUAAGUGAUUAGACUGCAGCGAUGGCAAGAACCAAGCAGACCGCUCGUAAAUCCACCGGUGGUAAAGCCCCGAGGAAGCAGCUCGCUACUAAAGCCGCCCGGAAGAGCGCCCCAGCCACCGGCGGCGUCAAGAAGCCCCACCGUUACAGGCCCGGGACCGUGGCUCUCCGAGAGAUCCGCCGCUAUCAGAAGUCCACCGAGCUGCUGAUCCGCAAACUGCCUUUCCAGCGUCUGGUGCGAGAGAUCGCUCAGGAUUUCAAGACGGACCUGCGCUUCCAGAGCUCCGCUGUCAUGGCCCUGCAGGAGUCCAGCGAGGCUUACCUGGUCGGUCUGUUCGAGGACACCAACCUGUGCGCCAUCCACGCCAAGAGGGUCACCAUCAUGCCCAAAGACAUCCAGCUGGCCCGCCGCAUCCGCGGAGAGCGCGCUUAAACCCGCCGCUGCGUCAGCCGCGUCGCACCCCAAAGGCUCUUUUAAGAGCCAC